AGGACUCUUUCGGCCGUCUACCCCACGGCACUGCACAACACAGGACAAUCAUCCUGGAACUACAGCAACCGGUGAUACCCGCCAACUAUCUCUUGAUCCCACGGUCUACAUAUGGUGCCAGGCGUCUAUUGUGAACCACUGGUGUUGCACAACGCAGUACCUUAUGUAAUCACGGUCAGGUGACUCCUGCCAGGUGCCUCUGACUUAAACAAAGUUGGGAUAUCCAUUAUAGUGAUAGGUAAAGAAGGGCAUAGAGAAGUGAUUGAGAAAAAUAGAUAUAAUUUACAGAAUGAGAAAGAAUAUAUUGAGAAUUGUAUUAGACUGGACUUGAACAUAGAAACACAAUAGGAAACCAUAGCUCAUUGAAUAAUGACCCUAACCCUGAUUACAUAAGGUAUUACAUUGUGCAAUGCCAGUGGUUCAUGUAAUAGACGCCUGGCACCAUAACACCCCACAUUACCCCCCUCUCUCCCUACUCCGCAAUACCGAACAUCCAUCUGUCAACCCUCCCCCCCGAGGAGGAACGCAAGAGGAAAAAAAAUGACCCAAACCCAUGGCUUAACACCUGAAGAACUCCAAGAGCUCUCUAGAAGAGCCGCAGCCGCAAAGGACGUUUCAUAUUGUACUUAAGCCCCCCCCGGCCCCCUUUCCACUCCCGCAACUGACGACGGAGCAAAGGCCCAUACUCAAAUUUCCGUGUCGGCUGUGCUCUCCUCUGCGAGGACGGGUCCUGGGUUAUCGGCGCGAAUAUUGAGAACGUGUCGUAUCCCGUGACCAUAUGUGCUGAGCGGACGGCCCUGGUUAAAGCUAUUGUUUGUUUGACCUCUUCCCCCCCCCCCCGGGCAGGUGGCUAAGGCUGCAUAGACGGAGGGAAAGAAGAAGUUCCGCGCAAUUGGCGUCUCGACUGAUAUUUCGCCGCCGGCAUCACCGUGUGGUUUGUUAUCCUUCCUUCGUUGUUUGUGAUUGCUCCGGGGAAAUGUUUGUUGGGGCUGAUUCGCCUUCGGCGGGCGGUCUGCGAAGGAAUGUGCCGGCAAUUCAUACGGGAGUUUUCGGAUGAUUGCGUGCCGAUUUUUAUGUAUGGGAAGGAGGAAGGAGACUGUGUUGUCAGGACUUUGGGGGAGGUAUAAUAUGGGGCUUUUAUAUUUUACGUGUGGGAGUGAUGGCUGACUUGUGGACAUUAUAGUUGCUGCCCAUGUCGUUUGGUCCCGAGGACCUCCCUCCCCCGGAUCGUGGUGCAAGGCGGUAGCCAGGACUACCCCACGUAGUACCCUGUUGUGAUCGAGUCGGGGUUGGGUUGGAUGUCACGGUUCUAUUGAAACGAGUUUUUUUUUUUUUUGGAAGCUUACUGGUGGAUGAUGAUUUUGCGAGGUUGUAUCAUGUAUAUAAGAGAUGUUGGGUUAGGGGCGGUAUACGUGAUAGCCAUGGUGGGUAUUAGAGUUUUGGGUUUUCAGUUUCAAACAGGUAAUUGAAAGCAUUGCCUAGUUCAACCG